AUGGGGAAAAACAAAGGCGGAGGUAAAAAUUAAAAGGAGGAAGAAAAAAAGGUAGCAAGCGGGGCAGAGCUAAAGUAAGAUGAUAAGAAGAAAAAGAAAGCUGGAGGCUGGAAGGCUUAACUUGAAGAAGAGGAACGAUAAGCUAAAGCAGAUAAGCUUUUAGCAGAAUAUGGUGAUUCACCACCUAGUGAGGUAUUUGCUAAAUUUGCAGAAGAAAUGUCUGAGUGCCCUUCAAGUGCUAAAGGUGGAUUGCUAGGAUAUUUUGGUAAAGGCUAAAUGGAUCAGACAUUUGAAGAAAUUGCUUUUAAGACUCCUGUUGGAAGAAUGAGUGGAAGUGAGAAAGUGAUGAGAGUCCUAUGCAGUAAAAUAAAAAGUUACAAUAAAACAAAAAAGAAUCUAUUCAAAGUCGAAGCCCUGAAUUUGAGUAAAAAGGACUUAAAAAAUUGGGUCCAGGAUACAUUACUUCUAUCUAAGAUGGUUCGAUAUCAAGUAACAUUCCACCUUAUUCAAUUAACAAAGGAGAGAUACCGUCUGGCUCGGAGUUCAACUUACAAAGGAUAAUUAGAAAAUGGGAAAAGGCAUGGUUUAGGUGUAAUGAUAUAUCACGAUAAUGUGAGAGUCUAUGAGGGUAUGUGGCUUGAUGAUUAGAGAAGUGGUAAGGGUUAUGAAAGAUAUCAAAAAGGAAAUAUUUAUGAAGGGGAUUUCAAGGAUAAUAAAGCAAAUGGCAGAGGAAUUUAUAAAUGGAAAAAAGGAGAAAUAUAUGAUGGUGAAUGGGUUAAUGGUAAGAAGGAAGGACAUGGUGUAUGGAGAGGAGUUCAUGGAGACUGUUAUAUAGGAGAAUGGAAAAUGAGCAAAGCUUGGGGAUAUGGAGUUCAUGUUUGGAAAAAUGGAGACAAAUAUGAAGGUGAAUGGUAUGACUGCCUUAAGCAUGGUCAAGGUACAGAUUUAUUUGGAAAUGGAGAUACAUAUUAGGGUUAAUAUAAAUUUGGCAAACCUGAUGGAUUCGGAUAAUAUAAAUGGAGCAAUGGAUCAUUUUAUAUCGGAGAGUUCAAAAACGGUUUAAAACAUGGAAAGGGUAAAUGGAAGAAGAAUAAUUUACCCAACUGUAAUUAAUAUGAAGGAGAAUACUCAAUGGAUAAGAAACAUGGAUAUGGUGUAUUUAGUUGGGAGAGCGGAAAUGUCUAUAAAGGCAAUUAUAAAGAAGAUAUAAGAGAAGGCUAUGGUGAAAUGUAUUGGACUGACGGUUAGAUCUACAAGGGAGAAUGGUUUGAGGGUCUUCAACAUGGACAUGGCUGUUUAAUGCUUCCAGAUGGAAGGAAAAAAGAGGGUCCAUUUGAAAGAGGUAUAUUUAUGGGCAAGGAGCAAGAACCUCCAAAAGUAGAGUAAGUUGAAUCAGACAAAGAUCCAUUUGAGGAAACUUAAUAGAUGCAUGAUGAAUUAAAACUCCCAAUGAUUGCGAAUCAAUCUUUAAUAAACGAUCCAAUUGAUGACUCUUAAUUGAGAAUUCACCACCAUCAUAUUAACUCCAAAAGGCCUAAUUUAUUAUCAAAGAGUGUAGCUGGGAUCACUGAAAUAUCUAACUCCAAUAGAUAGCAUGAGCGAUAUCAUUCAGUAAAUCAAAGUCUUCCAGAUAUUUAAAUUACUAAUAGGCAGUAGAGUGAGAGUAGCAGAGGAAAUUACCCAACUCAAGAUACUAUGCUAAAUAAUCAUCAUAACAUACGUAGAGCUAAUCAGGAGGCACUUAAUUUACUACUUAGGAAAGCAAGAAAUAAAAAGAAAGCAAUGUGGUUGCCAAAUGGCAACCAGAAGCAAAGCAAACAAUUUCAUAUAAAUGUAAAGCCUAAAAGUAAUUUCAGUGUCCUUUCUAGUAAGUCAGACUUAUAUAUGCUUUGA